UCUUGACAAUAAGAUCAGAGAGUAGAGUCGCAUUACAGCAGCCGCGUUUCAUGGGAAAGCAGCCGAAAAUGGUUCGCUUCUGACAGGCCACCAAACGUUGGAUAUACUUUGCUUUCCGUCGAGACGGUUUUUUACACUUUGGUUUGAAAACGUUGUUCCUGGAGAUUAAGGAAGCUACAAGUGGUCGGAGGAAAACUCGGAAAACACGCCAUCGUAGGAUGGGCAAAUCCGCAGCUAUGAAAGCCAUGGCCUUUGUUAUUUUUAGUUUGGCACUUGUGGGUCAUGGAGUAGCAGAGCUGGGAGUUUCAGCUGAUCACCAGAACCGCACGGCCAGACAAAUGACCUGCUUAGAGAACCAUGAAUAUCCUCACAACAAACUCUGCUGCAAAAACUGUGAAGCUGGCACUUAUGUGAAAGAGAAGUGUACCAGUGACCAGGUCAAGGGCAAAUGCUCGCCGUGUGAGAAGGGCACGUAUGCAGAGCACCCGACUGGCAUGGAGCAGUGUCUGCAAUGCAGCCAGUGCCACAGAGAUCAGACUGUGGUUGCAGGAUGCACCAGCACAAGCAACACUAAGUGUGAAUGCAAAUCCGGCACCUUCUGCCUGCCGGAUGAACCAUGUGAAGUGUGCAAGAAAUGCACCAAGUGCAAAGCUGAUGAGGAAGAAGUGAGCCGGUGCACUCCCACAUCCAAUACAAAGUGCAAGAAAUUACCCUCUCACCCAACAGAAGGCCCGACGGAAAAACCAUCGGCAUCGAAUAGCACUGACACUAUUGUUCUCAUUGUGUCAAUUCUGAUUGUACUGAUCAUAUGCACGAUAGUCGGUGGAAUAUUGUUGAAGAGAUGGCAAAGACAUCAAAGUGAAACUGAUGCCAAUCUGGAGGAAGUGAAGGUUCCUAUUGAUGAGUGUCCAAGAUCAGAAGAGGAGCAAGAAAACAGCAGAAAUGCAGGACUGGAGAGAGAGGAGGAGCACCGGCCAGAGUCCCGGCCACUCUUAACACAAGAAACACAGGAAACGGGCAGCAAGAGCAUCCCAGUGGAGGAUGAGGAUCGCGGACUGGGAGACAGCCUGCCAAACACAACCAGCUCUUCCCAAACCAGUCUAUCUGCCCUCCCUCCAAUCUUGGGAGAUUCACCGCGAUCAAGCCCCCCGGCUCAGAGACCAACCGACAGAGAUCAGACUGAAUCAUGGCUUAGGGAUGAUGGUCCUCCCAGAAAACUCAUACCCUUGCUCGGUGAAGAGGAUUCUCUGAGCAAGAGUUUUGACCUGUUCGACUCUCUGGACGUGCGGUACCACAACAAGUUCUUCCGCAGCAUCGGCGUGAGCGACAACUCCAUCAAGCUGGCCGAAACCCAGCAGGACAAAGUCUACGACCUCCUACGGGUAUGGAUGCAGAAAGAAGGCCUGCGGGCAAACAUUAACACAUUACUACAAGCACUGCUAGACCUAGACCAGCGCUAUUCAGCAGAACACAUCGCCUCCAAGGCUGUGGAAAGAGGCUACUACAAAUACGAGUGAUGCCUCUAUAAAGACUGCAAGACGUAAUCGUGGAGAGGUGUUGAUUCGGUUUGAUUUCUCCCCUGUUGGGCAUGAACUGAAUGGAGAUUUUGCAGAAUCACCCUCUCUGUAGCGCCCACAGUGGGUUUACAAGCCAACACUGGACCCUUUUUAAAAGGAUUUACACUGGCUAUCAGCAGAGGGCGCUGUUUUCCCUCUCUAUAGUGCAUUGUGGUGUUACUUCAUGCACUGGCCUCAGGCUUUCAAAAUACAGGUUGGUCCAAAGCCUGCAUAUAGAUAUCAUUAAACCGUCACGCCAAACGUUCAAACUUAAACAAGCGUUAUGUAGUUUUAGUGAAGAUUCUCACACUACACUUUGUCGUAUUUCAGCCUCUGCUACAAACCUGGUUACAAAUAAGCCUCAAGAUAAGAGUUGGUUUGGAUUUCAGACAAACUGUUUUGACAGCAGUUUAGGGUUUCAAUUCUGAAAAGUUCAGAACAUUCAUUUUUUGGUCGGGUUGUUACAGAAUAUUUUGGAUUUCAGUCCGAUUUAGAUUUUUUUUUUGUUUGUUUAUUUUUUCUUCCCUUUCUCUGGUGCAAGGCAGAAAUGUUUUCAUCUUUUUGACGUUUCCUGCCUUUUUCUAUUUUUGUUUAUUUAAAUAAGUGAUGUAUUUAUUUUGUAUUGUUUAAUUACGUAUUAUUUAUACCUGUUACCAAUAUUCGCCCGCAGUAAGUGUUCAGAAACUUUUUGUUUUGUUUGUUUUAUCAUGACUGAGAUGCCGAAUUUUCCGGUCCUUUCACAAACCCCAUUUCGCUACGUUUCUGCGUUUACUGCAGACGCAUCAUUUCUUCUUAUAUGAAUCACAAAACACGUCCUUGGCUGUUGAAUGUUCGCAGCGAACGAUGUUGAAUAUGUUCUGAAAACAUUACGAGAAGUACCACGGUCAGUAUCUCUUGGACGCUGCUUCCACAAGGUUGAAUUGAUGUCGAGAUUAUGGAGGCAUUUCAAAAUCUGUUUUUAUAUGCAGUAGUGCACAGGUACGCGUUUCUAAAUAGAUCAAAGAUGAAGGAAAUUUAUGCUCCUCCAGAAACUACUUACAGUUUAAUUACAUUUGUUUAGUAUGUAUAUAGUCGUCAAGAAUUCUAUUAAACGAAACUAAUAGAUAUAUAUUUAUGCAAGCCCUAAGAGCACAAUGCAAUGAAGUACUGCCUGAAAAACACAGAAGGAACAAAUUGAAAUGAUUUCAACGAACAAGCUUUAUGGAUGUUUAGGGCUUCAAUUCAUUUUCGUAUUCGUAAAUGAACUGUGACAUCUGACUCGGCUGAAUAGCUAUGUUAGCUGGAUGUGUUUUCAGAACACUGAUCUCAAAUCAGCUUUACCUUAAUGAAUAUUUUUGGUAAUGUGGAGGGAAUAAAGAGCUGAAAUCAGAUCAGAACAAAAUGGUUCUUCCCCCUUCCAGCUUUGUUUAAUUAUGAGAGUUGUCGUACAGUGCAGGCACUGCCACCUUUUGACAUAGAGUUGAAUAACCAGAGAAAAAAAAACCUGCAUCAAUUUCAAGGGACUUUUUUUCCACAUCUUAAACGGGCUUCUGCAUCUUUCAUCAUUUGCACUGAGUUAAACAUGGAGUGUCUCUUCAGAUGCAGGUGCAGGAGUUUUUACCUCUAAUUCAGUGCCAUCAGUUUUUAUACAGUUUAGUUAGUUUUAUAUUGACUCCACAUUGUUCCUGCUUUGACGCCUCUAACACAGAUGCAUGUUUCAUUUCUUGCUCAUUCUAUGCUUUAUUUUCCACAGUAUCUCUCACAGAGUACAAGAUUUUUAUAUGUUUUUUCCCCUUAGACAAUUGUUUGCUCGUUUAAGUAUGUAUGUUUGCUGUUGCGAAGCUGUUUGUAGAAAGUUUUUGUUUUAAAAUGACAAAAAAUAAAUAAAAAAAUAC